UGUCCUCGGUGUGUUUCGGGUGUUAACGGUCGGUGUGUUCAAAUGUUGGGCCGCUGCUCCUCCUGCAGACUGAAGUGAAGCAGAGAAAACUGGGAAACCGACGAUAGGAGCUUCUAACCGGAGAGAGGAAGCGGGAUGACGGUGCUGCAGGAACCUGUCCAGGCUGCAGUGUGGCAGGCACUGAACCACUAUGCCUACCUGGACGCCGUUUUUCUUGCUGAGAGACUUUACGCUGAAGUGAGGUCAGAGGAAGCCCUCUACCUGUUGGCCACCUGUUAUUACCGCUCGGGGAAGCCCUACAAAGCCUACCGGCUGCUGAAGGCUCACAGCUGCUCGACGCCACAAGUCCGCUUCCUGCUGGCCAAAUGCUGCGUGGAGCUCAGCAAGCUGGCAGAAGGAGAACAGGUCCUGAUUGGUGGAGUGUUGAACAAACAGAAGAGUCAGGAUGACAUCAUCACAGAGUUUGGAGACUCCGCCUCCUUCACGCUGUCAUUAUUGGGGCACAUUUACUGUAAGACAGAUCGUGUUGCUAAGGGAGCUGAGUGUUUCCAGAAAAGUUUAACUCUCAAUCCGUUCCUGUGGUCGCCUUUCCAGAACCUCUGUCACCUAGGAGAAAAACCAGAUCCAGAUCAGGUCUUCAGGUUGUCCUCUCUACAGAACUCCUCUAUAGCCCCGCCCCCUCCAUCUGUUAGUCCAGCACAAAACCCUUCACAUCGCCUAGACACCGCCCUGAUGGAGACGCCACAGGACACAUUAGAGUUAAACCGUUUGAAUUUAGAGUCUUCUAAUGGAAAGCUGACUUCUGAUUUGUCGGUUUCCUACAUCGACUCCUCCCUCAUCUCCCCGGAGACCGGCUCUCUAUUAGGUAACACGGUUUCCAUGGCGUCUGCUGGCUCCUUAUUGGCUAAACAGAAUAAACCUAAGAGUGGUCGGAGUUUACUGGGAGGACCUGCUGCUCUUAGCCCUUUAACGCCCAGUUUUGGCAUUCUGCCCCUGGAGCCCAGCCCAGGAGACCCCACAUAUCUACAGAACUAUUCAGCGACGAUGGAAACACAGACUACAGCACCAAACAAGAAGUCUGUCUCCAGGAUCAGCCAGUCAAAGUCCGUCUUCAGUCAGAGCGGAAACAGCAGGGACGUCCUCCCCAUCCCCUUCAACCAAUCACAGACCACUGCUCCUCACACCAGUGGUUCCCCUCAGGUUCUCAGUCCCAGUAUGUCCGGUCCUCCCAAUGUUCAGCCCAGAAGAAGCUCCAGACUGUUUACAAGUGCCAGCUCUACUGCCAAGGAGAACAGUAAAAAGUUAAAGAUGAAGUUUCCAACAAAGAUCCCAAACAGGAAAACAAAAUGUAAAUCAGCCAAGACGUCAAAUAGCAGCAACCUGAACGAGAGCCUUGACAUCCUGAGACUGGACUCCAGUCUGAGUCUGCCGGACACCAGGAUCCCCCAGUACCAACGGGCUGCUGCUGACAGUGUGAUGGCAUUGCUACGGGAACUUGGCCGUGGUUACCAAGCGCUGUGCUCUUAUAACUGCAGAGAAGCCAUCAACAUCCUGACGUCCCUCCCUCCGCAGCACUACAACACAGGCUGGGUCCUCACGCACAUCGGCAGGGCGUACUUUGAGCUGGCCGAGUACACACAGGCAGAGCGUCUCUUCAGCGAGGUUCGCAGGAUCGAGUCAUACAGAGUUGAAGGGAUGGAAAUUUAUUCAACGACGCUGUGGCACCUACAGAAAGACGUCGCCCUCUCUGCCCUGUCCAAAGACCUCACUGACAUGGACAAGAACUGUCCCGAGGCCUGGUGUGUAGCAGGAAACUGUUUCAGUCUGCAGAGGGAGCAUGACAUCGCCAUCAAGUUCUUCCAGAGAGCCAUCCAGGUUGACCCAGGUUUUGCGUACGCCUACACGUUGCUGGGUCAUGAGUUUGUGCUGACCGAGGAGUUAGACCGAGCUCUUGCCUGCUUUCGUAACGCCAUCAGAGUCAACAACAGACACUACAACGCAUGGUACGGUCUGGGGAUGAUCUACUACAAACAGGAGAAGUUCAACUUGGCUGAAAUCCACUUUAAAAAAGCUUUGAGCAUCAACCCUCAGAGCUCUGUGCUGCUAUGUCACAUUGGAGUGGUUCAACAUGCCUUAAAGAAGUCUGAUGCAGCUUUAGAGACCUUAAACAGAGCGAUCGGCAUUGACCCCAAAAACCCACUCUGCAAGUUUCACAGAGCGUCCAUCCUGUUUGCCAACGACAAGUACAAGGCUGCCUUGCAGGAGCUUGAGGAGUUGAAGCAGAUCGUUCCCAAAGAGUCCCUGGUUUACUUCCUCAUAGGAAAGGUGUAUAAGAAGCUGGGCCAGACUCACUUGGCUCUGAUGAACUUCAGCUGGGCCAUGGACCUGGACCCAAAAGGAGCAAACAACCAGAUCAAAGAAGCCAUCGAUAAGAGAUACCUGCCUGAGGACGAAGCGGCGGAGGUGGACGACAGUCAGGACAGCAGCAUCAUGACGGACGCCGACGACACGCAGCUCCACACUGCUGAAAGCGAUGAUGUCCUUUAACCCCGCCCUUCCGUCUCACCCCUCACCUUGCUUGAACCAAGCCCCUCCCCUCUCUGAAGACUUGGAGGAGUAUUGUUGCUAGGCAACAUUCAGAUCUUUGGUUUUUGCUCCACCCUUUUCUGUUCUCUGAUGGCUGAAACAGACUGCUGCUGCCCUUAAGCCCCGCCCCCAGCCUCUCUGACAUCACAGCUGUUUUUUAUGUUCUUUUUAUCAUCGUUAUGGAAAUAAACAAUAAAACAUGUAAGCCCCGCC